CGGAGCCCUGCAGAGCAUUGACUGACCAAGGAGAAUGAGAGGAAGCAGAUAGUCCAUCCCUGUGAGUCUCCAACUGAAACCCAAGCCUGAUUGAGAAGACACACUUAACAUUGCGCUGAUUGCAAAAAUAAACCAGCCUUUUCUACAGCACACGGGAGGAGUCUUCAAAGAAACUCAAAACAGUCCACUCAAGCUGAAAGCUGGUCCUCGCCAAAGCGACUGAACACAGACACCCAGGCAGGACAUGGCGAUCUUCUGAAAGCGACACGGGCAACAGGAUUAUACCCAUGAUGCUCUGCUGAACAUCUGAAGUGGAUGAGUUUCACAAAGAGACAGCCAGGUGACAUGCAGCCACAGGGCUCUGGUGCAUCCCAGCAGCGUCGAGCGGAGGAGUGGGGUUAUCAGAACGGCUCACAGAUCACGUUCUCUGGCAAUGGACCGGGCGAUCGACACCAACACACCUCCCCCCCUGCCCUACUGCGCGUCACUCAAACCUCCCUCCUGGAAACAAACACCCGGGGCUUCCCUUCCCUGGAAGAAUUCAUUCCAGCCCACCUGCAGAGGGAAGCAGGCCAAAGAGGGCUCACCUCCCCCGGGCUGCUCACCCCUCCUCCCAGUCCCUACUCAUCGGGCUUCAAGACACAGCCUGCACACAAGAUCACGGUGGUCAAAGGCGACGGCUCCCACACCCUGAACUUCGAUUCCUACGAACCCACGUUUCGAUCACCCGCCCACAAUCUACACGGGGGCUGGCAGGUGAACAGAUCCGGCCCGGCCAGUGUGUGGCCCCUGCAGACAGGCGGGGCCCCUGUUGCGGGGCCCCUAACGGAGACCCCCAGGAGAAGCCCGUCUCUUGCCGGUCCUGUGGAACACUCCCCGAGCAGAGCGCCCCCUUCCUCGGAGACAGGGCAGCCAUACCACGGGGGGAAGCUGGUCAAGUUCGCUGGGAUCGGCCCCGUAGAUGAGACGGGAAUGCCCAUAGCCUCCAGAUCAAGUGUACACAAGCCCAGGGACUGGUACAGGAGCAUGUUCAAACAGAUCCACACGAAGACUCCAGAAUUUGACUUUGACUGUGGUGGACCCAACGCUUCAGACGGUGAAGACCCUAGCCGCCGCCCUGCUGAGCUGGACGUCGUGGACGGAGUCUGUCCUGAUGGAAAUCUCUUUGGGCUCUCCUCAUACGGUGCUCUGCCUGACUGGAGUGAGCUGGGGCCUGGAGACACAGGGCGUGACCGAGGGGGGGCGGGCAGGCAGAAACCAGAACCGAGGAGCAUAUUCGACUACGAACCCGGCAAGACGACCACUCUGGAGCAGCAGAACCAGAUCCAGAGGCCCCUGACAGAGUCUCCACCAGGGCGGCGCUCUCCACCCAUUGAGGAGGUUCUUGCCAAAGAGCUGAGUCAGUUUCAGGCAGAGCUGGACUCCGAUAUUGAGGGCAUGCAGAGGCGCCUGUCUCAGAAACAUCACCCCCAGAGCCCGGCUGAGAGUACGCCGCUGAGAACACACUCCUUUGCCGACUCACGGGACACCAGCUCUCUGACCUCACCGAAGCAUCCAGCUGCAAAGGGGUGGGGCCUGCCACCUGUCAGUCACCCUCACUUGAGCCCCCAGAGCGGGAGAAGGGGAGGAGCUAGCCCCACACACGGCAGGACCUCGCCUGACGUUUCUGCAUCAGCCAUGGAUUUCCCUCCCAGACGAGAGGAGAAGAAGAUGAAAGCUGCCCGCGCCAAGUUUGAUUUCCAAGCCCAGGCUCCAAAAGAGCUGACCCUGCAGAAGGGAGACAUUGUGUACAUCCACAGGCAGGUGGACGCCAACUGGUACGAAGGAGAGCAUCAUGGGAGAGCGGGCAUCUUCCCAACCAGCUAUGUGCAGAUGAUCCCCCCGAGCGAGAAGCCCACCCCAAUCAAGACCCCCACCGUGCAGGUGCUGGAGCACGGGGAGGCCCUGGCCCUGUUCACCUAUCAGGGGGACCUGCCAGUGGAGCUGUCCUUUCACAAGGGCGAGCGGAUCUGCCUGUGCCGGAGAGUGGAUGACAACUGGCUGGAGGGGAAGAUCUCGGGCACGGCUCGGCAGGGCAUCUUCCCGGCCAGCUACGUCCAGGUGGUCAAAAUGCCCCGCACCAAGUCAUGUGACGAGUACCCAGCAUCCCCCAAGCCCGGCUGGCAAGCCCCCGUCAGCCCCUCCCAGCCUCCCCGGUCUCCAGACCCCCCAGCGCACCCCAGCCUCUCUUCCUCCUGCAGCAACAUGGAGCCUCUUUCUCCCCCUCCCGGCUGCUCCCUUCAUCUGCAGCCUGUCUCUCCCAGACCCCCCCUCGGGGUCCUUCCCCCUCCCCCCUCCUCUCCUCUCUCCCCCAGGCUGAAGCUGGCCCCUGCCUCCCCUCGAUCUCCUUCCAUCAACCCCGCCCCCACACAGCACAGCCUCUCCCAACGGGCAGGGCAGUCCUCUCCAGGCCCCGCCCAGUCGCAGUGGCAGGCACCCGCUCCGUCCAAUCACAAGCCUGUCCCCUCCUACUCCCAGUGGACAAGCCUCCCCCCUGAAAACGGGCAGGCGGAGUCUCCAGCAUUUCUGUCCAAUCACAAGCCUGGCCCCUCCCCCCAGUGGGCUGCUCCAGCCCCUUUUGGGCAGACCGCCUCCCAUCAUCGAGCAGACCCCCCUCCCACAACUCCUCCAGGCUCCUCCCUACCCAAGAAGCAGGCAGGGACACCAGCACCCCUGUCCAAUAGCAGACCUCUGCAGUCGCCCCAGGGAACGGUUUCCUCACACUCUCUCCAGCCCAGGAAUUCCAAGACCACGCCCCCUCCACUGACACUGGCCAAUCAGAUCGACACGACACAUUCCCGGCGGAUGCUGUACAGAGCUGUUUAUAACUACGCUCCUCAGAACAGUGAUGAGCUGGCGCUGCAGGAGGGAGAUGUCGUGCAGGUGAUGGAGAUGUGCGAUGACGGCUGGUUUGUAGGGGCUUCCGAAAGAACUCGAGCAUUCGGCACCUUCCCUGGAAACUACGUGGCGCCCGUCUGAGGACACGUGGGCACGACGCCACCCUGGAGCCCUGGCACCUUCCACUAGCCCACUGGCCACCAAACCUGGACAAGCACAUGGAUAAAGAGGGCUAUUCCAUACCCCAGCUGAUUACAUGCAACCCCCCCCCGAGAGACUCUCUGGAAUAGCCAGCCACCAGACCGGCAGUCCUAACAAAUACAAGCCAUGCUUCUGGACGUGAUGCAGCUCCCCAGCAUUGUAUAUAAAAGCACAAUACUUUUUAUAAAACAGGGCUCUCCUACACUAGCUGAUUAAUCUGCACCUCCCUGACCAAUUUAUGAAUGUAUUUAUUUUUUUAAAAUACGACAUUUCAAAAUCUAACAUGAAACAUUGUCCUACUAUCGUGGCUUCCGGUAUCAUUUUGUAGAUUUGUUUUGAUUACACAAUGUUAAAUAAAAGAGCAAAAAUA